AUAAUAGACUCCCGCAUAUUAUUUGUUGAAAAUUAUUGCUUAAUAAUUAUUAAUUAAAAAUAAACAAAGGAACAUGGGCAGUAAAUUCAUGAACAAGUUUCUGUUAAUCGCUGGCUUUGCUAGCUUGGCGCAUGCCGCUUUCUCAGCUGCUCAUCAUCGUACAUACUUGCGCCUGACCGAGCAGGAGUGGACCACUUUGCCGUUGGAUAUUGUACUUCAGACCGUGGUUAGCCUCGUCAUUGUUAUUUACAACAUAAUACAGAUUGUUGGCAACUUUAAGGAGAUACGCGCCACAGUGGACAUGCAGGAGAAGACUUGGGAUACUCUGGGCAACUUUCCAUCGUUCUACUCAUUCAAUCAUCGCGGUCGUGCGCUAAAUCCUGGCUACGCGCCACCGGAACAAAUCGGCGCCGGUAAGAACGCCUUAGAAGUGCCACAGUAGCGCUGCAAUGGUCGAUGAGUUGGGGUUUCAUAGUAAAUUAAAAGCAAAUUAGUUGCCAUUUAUAUUUCAUAUAGAAAUUAUAUGGUAAAUUAAACAAAUAUAGUAACAAAAGUGUGGGAA